UAAUAAUCAAAUUUUAUUGCACUUUGUUGGCGAUAUAUAAACAUAAAAUGGAACCCAAAUCCAGCUUAAGCUCACAGGAGGAACGUGCCCUCAAAAGUUCAGAGAAACUCAAAAUGCUGGACAUUACGCGAGACAAGCCUGUGAAGGUGUCUGUCAAAGUGGCCGUGCCGGUGCGGGAUCACCCGAAGUUCAAUUUUGUUGGCAAGCUACUGGGACCGAAGGGCAACUCGAUGAAACGGCUCCAGGAGGACACAAUGUGUAAAAUGGCCGUGCUGGGACGCGGCUCGAUGCGCGACCGCCGGAAGGAGGAGGAGCUGCGUGCCAGCGGCGACAGUCGUUACGCCCAUCUCUUUGAGGACCUGCACGUUGAGAUUUCAACAUUUGCGGCGCCCGCCGAGGCUCACGCUCGUAUCGCCUAUGCCCUGGCGGAAGUGCGUCGGUUUCUGGUUCCGGACUACCAUGACGAUAUCCGACAGGAGCAGAUGUGGGAAAUGCAGGCACUGACGUCCACGCCCACGCUGAGCCACCUCGACGACUCACAGAGCCCGACCAAUACCAACCGCGGCCUGGGCGGUGGCUUGGCAGACAUGGACACGUCCAACGACGACAAGUCUGACAACGAUACCAGCGGCAUGGACUGCCUCUCGCCGGACAAGCUCGACUGCGGCCAGUCCUGCAGCAGCAGUGGUGGCGGCGGCGGCGGUGGCGGCGGUGACACCCACCCACAUCAUCAGCAUCACCAGCACCAGCACCAGCCAGCGCACUUCCAUCAGCUACUCCAAACGCAUGGAGGCGCCAGCGCUGCAGCUGCAGCUGCCGCCUGUGGGGAGCAUCUCACUGGACAGGCGAAUACUGCGACAGCAGCAGCACUGCACACCACAGCAAUGGCUGUGGCGUUGCAGCAUCAGCUGACGGCUGCCGGCAUAGGUGGACUUUUGAAGCCGUCGCCAGGCAUGGGAGUGGCCGGUGCCAUGUCUGGCCUGCCCACAACGCAGGGCGGCUCCGCGGCACUGCAGCUGACCGGCGAUGGAGAGGCAAACACAUCGACAUUGACGCUACUGGAACCGCCUGGAGCACUGCUGCAUCCUGCGCUUCGCAACGUGAAGGCCAUCAAUAUAGGUAGCGGCCUGGGGCGCAAGCGACCGCUGCUGGGCGUUCCACGAUCCGGCAUGAAUCCGACAAAGCGCACCGUGAUGAGCCUGCUGGCGCGGGCCAAAAACUCCCAAGCACUUCACACAGUGCGCCAGCCCGUGGUCACCGCCACAAGUUUUGCCGAGCCCCUCCAGAUGCUGGCCUCACCCUUCAUCAUUCCGCACCAGGGCAUGGAUCAGUCCAUCAUAGCGCUGCCCAAGGAGAGUCUCGCCCAAGGCGUCUAACCCUAUGACUUUUAUACGCUGCGCACCGCAGAUGGUCGCACCUGACCGCCUACAAUUUGCCCCGCCUCCUUCUUCUAAAGACACAAAUAAGUUAGGCUUACCAAAUACAAUUUAUGAAAUACGCUUUCUUAACAUAAGAUUCGAAUCUAUUGAGGAGCACACGCCCGACCAUAGCGAAUAUUCCGCUUUGUAUAACCAACUCGUAAGCGUCUUUGAAGGAGCAGCUGUGGGAUCGGGGUUAGCCGACGAUUGAAUGCCCUACCAAUACCAGAAAGCCUAUCUAAGCACACGAUUUGUUUUAAGCGAAUUACAAAAUAAAUAACGCAAGUAUUUUUAAUGCGAUGUUUUAUUUCCAAACAACCCCCCCAAAAAAAGGAGAAACCUAAACGAAUAAAAAAAAAACAAAAAACAAAAAAAAAACUAAAUUAGUGUCAAAUUAACGAAAAACUUCAAUAGAAUUAAAAUGUAAACGCAAUUACUUUAAAUAAAUUACUUUA